AAGAACAUCAAAGCAAUAUUUCAUCUGCUCUCUUUACAAAAUCAUUAUUCAUUAAGUAGUAAGUUGUGAUUUGAUAUUAAGAAAAGAAUGGCGGAGGAGUACAACAAGAAGAGCGAUGAACACGAGUACGAGAGGAAGACUGGGGAUUACGAGGAGGGAUCGGGUGCAGGCGAGACCAAGGAUCGUGGGUUGUUUGAUUUCUUGGGGAAGAAAGAGGCGGAGAAGCCAACUCCUUAUCAGCAAGGGGAUCAGGUGAACGUCGCUGAGUUUGAUGAGAAAGUCAAGAUCUCCGAUCAUCACGAUCAGCAUGCAUCAUCAUACAACAAAGUAGAAAAGGAGGAGGACAAGGAGAAGAAGCACGAGACUCUCCUGCAGAAGCUUCACCGAUCUGACAGCAGCUCUAGCUCUUCAAGUGAUGAGGAGGAAGAUGAAGAGAAGAAGAAGAAGAGGAAAGAAAAGAAGGGAUUGACGGAUAAGAUCAAGGAGAAGAUCUCCGGUGAUGAGCAGAAGGAAGAAGCCUAUCACAAGGAGGAGGACACGGCUGUCCCGGUGGAGAAGGUGUACGAGGAGGAACAUCAUCAUCAAGCUCCACCUCCGGUUGUUCAUCACCACGAAGAGCCAACCGACUCCCCAACUGAGGAAAAGAAGGGUUUCCUCGAGAAGAUCAAGGAAAAGCUACCUGGCCACAAGAAGACUGAGGAGGUUCCAGUUGGUGCUGCUUCGCACGAACAGCACAGUGACGACAAACAUGCGGCGGAGCCACCGGUAGCAGCCUCUUAUGAAGCUGGCGAAGAGCCCAAGGAAAAGAAGGGUAUUUUGGAGAAGAUCAAGGAAAAGCUUCCAGGGUACCAUUCCAAGACCGAGGAAGAACACAAGGACGUCAAGGAGAAAGAGAAGGAUACUCCUUCCUACUAAUUAAGGGAUUAAGAAAGAAAAAACACAUACAUAAUCUUGUCUUGUGUUCGGAAAGAGUGGUUGUGGUGGUGUCAUUUGUGGCUUGUUAUUUUUAUUUGUUUUUGUGAUGGGUUGUUUAUUUGCCGUUUUAUUUUGAGAGACUCUGCGAUCAUUUCCCAGUUUGUCUAGCGUUGCCGUUCUAAGGUUCUCUCUGUUUUGGAAGGACCUUUAAUUUCUUUCGUAUGUGACAUAAACAUUAUUGUUGAUUAGUAAGAUAUUUGUUGUUCCCUUGUA